UUACAGAAGAAAAAACUGUGAAGUCUGUGGAGAUAUAAAGAUGACCACCAAGUGCUGCAUUAAUACAGAUUGUUCUGUUUUCUAGAAUAUACUUAUCUUUAACCAUCACUAUGCUCUGGAAUCUUCUCAUCGCUUCUGUCUUCAUAGGCACAGCCUGUGCAGUUCACCUGGAAUACCUGAAGAUUGACUCUGCUGAGGAACCUCUUGAUGGAAGCCUGGAUCCUGUUAACCAGGAUGAGGAUUUGCCGAUGUCUGAGGUCCAGCUCCCUGGUGCAUGCUGGGUGUGUAAGUGGGCCAUGCAGAAUGUGAAAAAACAUGUUUCCAGUAAAUCGACUGUGGAGACAAUUAAAGGACAACUGGCAACAGUCUGUGAUGGAAUCGGAUUCCUGCGAUUUAUCUGUAAGGCAUUAAUCAACAAGUACAUGGAUACUUUGGCGGAGGAGCUUUCUACCACAGACAAUCCAAAAACAAUCUGUGUGAAUAUCGGUAUUUGUAGUUCAGUGAGCAUGCAGGAACUGACCAAGGCUUUUCUGAGAAAAUACCCGAAAAUCUGAAGAAACCUGAAGAAAACAAUGCUUGAAAUAUAACACGCUUUUAAAUCCUGAUAAAGUCAGAUAUUUUGUGCCAAUAAAGCAAUUUGAAAUCAGCAA